UAAAGGCGCCAUUUACGUUUCCCAGUAACUUUAGGUAGGUAUACACAUUUUUCCAAUGACUAAUUGCAUUUUUCGUAGGUAUGCCAUCCCCAUAGGUUUAAGUACUCAGAGGUAUAUUUCAAUAUUUUUUAAGCUGCUUCGGUGUUUUCCAUAAAUUUAAUCUGGCCACACUGAAUCUUUGUUUUGUUUACAUUUCAAACACAGAAGUCACAGAACACAACCACACACACAAGAUACAACACAACCUUCCUACAUUAAUUUUCCAAUUGAUACUUUAGUAUCUUUUAUUGCUUAGAGCGCAAGUUUAUGUGUUAUUAAAAUAAAAUCGGUCUCGAAUUAUAAUGAAUCGGGUAUUAUAUGAACUGAACAAUUUACAUCUAGACAAACUUAACGAUGACUGGGUACAAGGAAUUUACUAUUCAGAAUUUCUUGAAUUUGGAGAAUUAUCUCCUGAAUAUGAAAGUGCCAUUGAAUCAAUCGAAAUACGCUCCGUUUUUAAAGAAUUGAUGAAAUCAAUCGAUGAAUGGCUCCAUGCAGAAGAAACCGUUGAUGAAAAAUCUUGGCCAGCUUUAUCUAACCGUGUGGAGCAUCAGAAACUCCUGGCUAUCAUUGCUUAUUAUAUAGAUUAUGGAAGUAAAAACCUUGUUACAAAGGAAUACAGAAACAAUGCUUUACUAGCCUCACGUUUAUAUUACAAGCUUUUAUCUAUCCCGGGUUACAAGGCUUAUCAUAUUUACCAUUCUCAAUUAUUUGCACAAUCACUUGGUUGUCUUGGAUUUCCUAAAGCUAUGUGCGAUAAUGAGGAUCAUUAUUUUAAUACAAAGGAAUUAACUCGUGAGGUCAACUCUGUCAUAAGAGAGCUCAGGAAUUUUGUAAUGGAUCUAAGAGCCAUAGUAGAAAAACUGCAACUUAAUUCAAGAGACAUGAAUUUUGAAGAUAUACUAAGUAACUUAGUUGAUAUAACUGGAGGAGCCAUUGUUAACAAACUUAAUAUUGAUAAAAUAGAGCUUGCAAAUAUAUCAAGAGUAAUCUAUGAAAUGAUAGAUAUUUUGAUAUGUGAAUCAAACGGAGAACCAAAUAUAGAAGCAAUUAAAUUACUCUUCAAAUGCAUUCUUCCGAAGUUGGUGUCUGCAUCUGUUGACAGCAAAAACGCAAAUAAUCUUGUCAGAGCAUCAUACGUCACUUAUUCAGGUCUUCUAUUGAGCAAAUAUGGUAAAGCUGCAUUAUCUGGCUAUAGUGUUCUUCUGCAGCAUUUAUGUUAUACUUUAGAUGGAUUGGAACGUGCUGAAGUGAGAUCUGCUCGCGUCUCUUUAGUUAUUGGAUUAAUGAGCUUAUUACCACUCAAGACCUACCGCAGUACCGUGAAAUGGUUGCUAAAAUUAUCGGCAACUUCUAAGAUAUCACAUCGUCAAAUCGCACUUGAAAUGCUGUCGAACUUGUUGAAUAAUGAGCCUGAAGAAAAAAAACCUGAUGUCACCCCAGAGCAAUCGACAAAUAAUGAAAAUCAAGAUACAUCGAAAAUUCAAGACAACGAACAUCAAGAAUCGGAAGCGUCAGAUUCGGGAGUUGGGGACUCAGUAAUUACACCUAAUGAUACAGCAGAGACUCAGCCCACUGGAAUGUCGACAGAUGAUGAAAGUAGUCAAGACAUCCCGCCAAAUAAUGAUGACCAAGAGGUGACGGAAGAAGAUGUGGCAGGUCUACUCCGCCAGAGACCGCACACAGUGCCCCACGCGGAGAUCCUUCGCGCUGUUUACGAGCGCGUGAACGAUGUGUCGAGCACGCUACGAACGCGCGCUCUCGCCAUUCUCACAGAUUGCGUAGCCAGUGAACGUCCGCCUAUGAAGCAGGCUCUACGGGAACUUAACGGCGAUGGGGAAGUAUCGCGUCUAAUGGCCGUUUGUGCGAGAUGCGUGUGUGACGAACGCGCGGCCGUUCGCCGCUCGUCGGUUUCCCUUCUACACCGAUUGUUGAUAUCUGCGGCCGCAGAAAGCGGAGAGUUACGCACUUCGCCGUCACCCAAUGAUGUAGGGAUUCUGGUGGGGUUGUGCCGGGAUGCAAGUAUUAUUGUACGUUCAGCUGCCAUCAGUGCGCUAGGUGAACUGUUAAUCAACCUACCGUGUGAUGCGGUUUUUGAUGCGUUCCUGUCUGGACCUAUGCACCAGCUCUCGGAUCCUGAGAACAAGGUCCAGGAGCAGGUAGUGUCACUGGUGCAACAAGUGCUAGUGGACCGGUUCCGCAAGUAUGACAGUGAAGCUGCGGAGGACUCGUUGCCGUGGCAGUUUCUCGCUGCCGUCACCCGACACAACAUGCGCAGGCAUCUGCAGAAAGCCUGCACGCUUCUUUCCAAAUCUGGGAACUCUAUCAAUCAUCGUCUAGUGGAUAUAAUAAGCACGCACCUCAGCGCUGUGAGCGACGAGCGUGAUUUGCAGUGUUUAGUUAUAUUGACGAGCGCCGCUAGACAUUUGGACUACUCAGAUGUCACCUUCGUCCUCGACUACUACUACAGGCUUAGCGAAAGCACUCAGGAACGUGACGUUCGUCUUAUGCCAUUGACGCUGGAACUGCUCAGUACGUGGUCGCGGUUUACUACUCUCGAAGCCCGCAGCGCUUUGAGAGACCAUCUUGUUAAACGACUGGCAUCUUCUGGGGACGACGGUUGUCGGAUAGCAUGUGCGGAAUUAGCUGCACAGUUGGAUCCCAGUAAUCUACUGUGGGCAACAGAAUUAAUGCAACUUUCCGAGCGACGUGCCCUAGACGGUGGUGAAGUAGAGGAGUGGAUUCGAGCCGCGGACUUGUCGCUGAUCGCGCCCGCGCCGCCCUCUGCCGGCUUGAUGAGGCUAUUCCUCUCCGCCUUGGUCAAUCCUCCGCCUGAAUGGUGUGACAGCCGUCGUGGCGCGUGCGUGGCCGGCGCCGGGCGACUGUGCGUCAGAUCACGCGCGGCCGCCGCUGACGCCGCGCCCGCGCUCGCCGCGCUACUGCACGAGCACACCGCGCCCCUGCCCGCGCGACUCAACGCUCUGCUGGCGCUCACCGACGUGUGCACCAGAUACACUUGCAUCGUGGAGCCGCUGCUGGGCUCUGUUUGUGGUUGCCUCUCAGCGCAGGCGGCGGCGCCGCUGCGGCGUGGCGCUGCUCGAGCCCUAACGAGGCUACUGCUCGCUGGAUACCUGAGGUUACGACCGCCGCUAUUUUACAAAUAUUGUGCGUUAUUAGCGGAUGAUGACCACGAUGUGCGCGAACCGGCCGAAUAUUACGUGACUUGCUGCAUGACCACAGACACUAUCUACCAUCACUUUGUUGACUGCAUUAUACACUACAACAAGGAAGAAGGCGAGGGUAUAUCUUUCGAUGCACGCCAGCUGAUCUACGACGUGAUGCUUCAAAGGCUAUCCAUAGUGCAGAAGUUGAACGUGCAAUGUAGAUUGGCACGCGAAUUGCUCGGACAUGCGGCCGACCUUUGUGACGACAACGUGGAACUGCCUGCCUCCCUCCACGCGGCCUUAUUGGAUGCCAUCACACUAUUGUGCGGCCCACGCAUGAAGCUGCCUAAAAAACCUCAAGCUUCCGGUGAUGCAGACAUUGAUGAUCUUCAAGAACGCGUCACAACAAAUAUUGUAUCUCAUAAGAUGAAGCGCACUGUGGCGGAGGUGGUGGUGCCGGCGGUGCUGCGGCUUUACGCGCGGCUUCGAGCGGCGGGCGGGCAACUGGCCGCCUACCUCGUGCGCAUCGCCAACGACCUGCUGCACGACUACCGGCACGAGAUCGAGGAGUUGAUCGAGAACGACGAGGAGCUUGUGGAGCGCGUUCAUCAAUUCCAGGAGACGAUUGGGCUGGAGCCAUCAUUUGGAAACGCGCGCAACCUGGUGACGUCAUCGGCACCGCCGGAACCUGAGACCCCGCGCGCGCCUCGCAAGCGGCCCGCACACCGAACUAGAGAGACGCCUAGAAAACGCGCGCUUAAAAUAUAAACAAUUAUGUUAUAAUGUCUCUAAGGAACGCACGCAACGUGACGUCAUCGAACCCGAAACCCCGCGCGCGCCUCGCAAUCGGUCCGCACACCGAACUAGAGGCGCUUCGAAAACGCGCGCUCAAGAUAUAAACACUUAUGAUAUCGUGUCCGGGAACGUGCGCAAUCUGGUGACGUCAUCGGCCCCGCCCGAACGCGCGCCCAGAAUAAAAACCUCUGUUUGAUAUAACUUCUUUGGUGCUCUUCAUUAAUUCACCUAUAACUAUAAUUUGUUUCGUUUUGUAAAAUCCUGCGGACGUUAUUUUAGAUAAACCUGUUCAAUUCACAUAGAAACUAUCAAUGCUAAAUUGUGUGUAUUAUACUGAUCCCCUACGUGUAAGAGUGCGGUUAGUUAAGCGGGAACUAGGAGUAGCAUCCGUCGCGGAGAUCCACUCUGCGACUACCAACCUACCCAAUAGAGGUACAAUUUCGAUCACGCAGGUGAACAGUCGUUAUUAAAACAAAAUAUAAAAAAAAAUUAGGUGUAAUUUUAGUUUAAGUAUAGAGAUAUCUAAUCCAUAUUUAAGCAAAAAAUAAAAUCUCAUGUUAAACAUGAUAAUGUAUUUUGAUAUUUACAUGUUUUUUGUCACUUCUGCGAUUAAUUGAAUUUAUCUAAAUAAUAACUUACCCAUACUUUAAACAAUUAUUUUAUUUAACUGUGUACAAGAAUAUCAACAUUUAACGACAUUUAAAACAUGCCUUUAUAAAUAAAUAAAUAUUAAAUUACAUUUCUAAAAUUAUAAUUCCCAUUACAUAUUAUUGUUAAGAUUCAGUUUAACAGCCAAGUCACUUUCGUUUUCUAUUUUAACUUCCUUGCUAAAUGCUUUUUGUAGUAAUAAAUCAAUCGCGGUCUCCUCUGAAACAAAUAAUAUAUUUCUCAAUAUUGAAAAACUUGUCUUAAUUCCGAUUUUUCAAUUCUCAAAUAAAACUCGUUUGCCAAUUAAUAGGGAAUAUACUUGUAAUAUAAUUGAAGUAAAUUUAAAUGAGGAGCUCGAUGGCGCAGGUGGUUAGCAUAUUCGGCCAGCGAUCGUAAAAGUUAAGGAACUUUCGGAAUGCCGGUCAUUGUAUGGAUGACCAAAAACUUAUUAUCUCGAGCCUCUCCGUGCUGCGGAAGGCAUGUUAAGCCGUUGGUCCUGGCUGCAUCUGCAGUCGUUAGCAC